AUGGAGGUGGCAGCGCCCCUGAGGCAGGUGCUGCCCGCAGAAAUCCCAAAGCAGGAAGAUCUAGACCUAAAGGAAACCCCCGAAGGAUUGCCCUCUUCUACCGUUGUGAUCAUACGGAGAGAUAUCCUCAUAUCCCUCUUCGUGAAUAUGCUACAGAAUCCUCUAUGGAUAAAGCAGGAACUGAGAUUGUUGGGGACUGUACAAUUAAUGACCAGCCUGAUUGUGCUGAGCCUGGGAUACUUCUGGACAUACCUGUACAUUUCUCAAAAUAUUGCAUUUGGAUUUGGAAGUGGGUAUAUUCCUGUCGUUAAAAAUUCAGGAUACUCACUUUGGGCCUCUUUGCUUUUUAGCCUAUCAGGAAGUUUUUCAAUAGCAUUGCAGAAGAGGCCUUCAAAUCACAUGCUGUUCUGGACUAUGACAAUGAACAUCUCAAGCAUCUACGCAACACUAAUAGGUGUGGUUUUAAUAACAUUUGAACUGACAGUCACUUCAGCAUUACAAUCUUCUUGGUGGGAAUACAGAAGUGGCAAGAUGCUUACAGCAUAUCUCUUCCUGUUCACUGUCUUGGAAAUGUUUAUGGCAUGCACAGUAACUGAGUGGACCUACAAAGCAAGUCAAACAGAAUAUUAA